AAGCUAGCUGCGGAGCGGAGGGAAAAGGAAAGCUCAUUACCGCGGGGUGCGAGCCGCGUCAGCAGACUAGCUAGAAAGUGAAUCUUGUCCUGUCAAGUUUAUACAUUUAUACCUGAUACUCCUUGGAGAAGUGGAAACACAAACGAGAGGAGCAAAAGUGCCACAAGUUGAGGAGCGCGAAGUGACCGGGAAGCAGCAGAUGGAAAUCAGGAUGUUCAGCAACAUAGAUUCAGAGUUUUGGAGCGACUGAGCAGGCCGUUUCAAGAGGCUUUGGAUAAACAAGGAGGAGGCAGGAAAAUGACCUAAUUAACGACAAGCGUGACGGACAAACUGCUGCAAAUGUGUUGGUGGUAAUUUCCCCAGUUUCACCCACAAGCAAGACACAUGCAUCAGUGCACAAACGCGUACAACACAUUUACAAACCCUGCCCUUCCCUUCCUGCCAUCCGCCCCAGUCCUCCAUGGAUUCCUACAACUUCCACUUUGAGAGAAUGAGCAACGUGGACCUGCAUCCUCUGAGCCUGCCUGUCAGCCGGCUCUCCCCAGCCAAGUCCAGCAGCAGCAUCGCCGACCAGCUUGCCCAUCACCAACACGGCAAAGGAGACUCCGCCUACAGCUCCUUUUCUGGCGGCUCCACUGCGCCAGACUACCCGUCUCCCUUCCUCCCAGACGACCUACAGUCCAGUUCCUUCAGCCACUAUGCUGAUCUUAAGUACGUAAAGUCCAUUUACCAUCCGACCCAGGUUCUGCAGUCCGACUCAAAGACCAUGGACCAGCUCUAUCGCUCUGUAGAAGCUAUCUCACAGCAGUACCGCAACAAUACCAGCAUCAAAGUAAACCACCACAAUGGCAAUGACAGUUUCCAUUCCAACAACAAAGCACUCUCUAAGCAAGAGGUACACCCCCAAGGAGCUCACCCUCCUGUCCGUCCUCCUCCAGUCCCAGCACGCAUGGAUAGUUUCAUAGCCACAAAAAACUUGGAGAACAGCAGGGUCCACCGGCAGGGUACUGAGCCUCAACAACAGCCCAGACCCAACAAUCGACUCCAUCCACAGCCCCAUGGCCUGAACGCCCCAAGACCUGAGAAGGCUAAGCCAGAUACAGGCAACCCAAGCGUCAGUUCUGACCCAGUGUACUCAGGUUGGAGGGGCCCGCAACAGCAACAGCCUCAGGCCCAGCAGCCACCAAGCUACCGCCCCCACCUCCAGCCUUACGAUCAGACCAGGGUGCCGCUGAACCCAGAAUAUCUUUACAUUACGGAUAACAAAACUGCCUCUGAGCAGCAGAAGUCAGCAAGCAUCCUAAGCCGAUCACCUCCCCGAGGCACGAUCCAGGCUGAGCACCUGAAACCCAGACAGCUCUCGAGCAGCGGUGCAUGUAAUGGAGACCAUCACAACAAACCCAGCAGCCAUUUUGAGAGUCAGCGCAAAAGGUCAAAAUCAGCUCAUGAUUGGCUUGGUUCAGAGCCAGCCCGAGCUGCCAGCCCCUGGAAUGCUGGUCAGAGUUUGAUUAACAGCAGCAUCCAACAUAAAGGUCAGUUCUACUUCGUCACAGGAGUGUGUAAGCCGUCUGAAUCAGCAUCUGUGUGUGGCUCUGAGGCUGGGAGUGAGAGCUCCUCUGUGCUGGAGACACAUCAGCUCAGAGAGAAAGAAAGAUGCCACAGCACAAUGGAUAACUUGUUUAGACCUCUCCAAGAGAGCUCCCGCACUUCCAGUGGUGUGAUUCCUGAUGAGAGAGAGGUUUUCACUUCUGUGUCCAGGAGCCAGGACCAGGAGAAUCGCAGACUAUCAUUCACCUCGAUGCAGUCUGCUCAAAGCUUUGACACCUUAGAAGACAUCGACAUGAUGCAGAGUCGAGAGAUUGGCCGCCACACUGCCAACAACCCCAUAUUCUACUGUGGACCUGACAGGAACUGCCCCACUCCAACACAGGAGGUCACCUCAGUGAAUGAACAACCUAACCAUCACAAGAGAGAGGAGCAGGCCAGCAGAGGGAAACGGCAGCCCUUUGGGGAUGUAGCCAGCGAGAGGAUAAACAAAGAAACUACCCCACUUCUGUACCACCUCACCGGAGCCAACAGAGCAGCAUUACAGCCCAAGAAGAAUGAUUUCAGUGUGAAGGGCAAGGAAGCAAUCCAAAACAAAACCGGUCAUAGAGAAUUGGCUGGCAGCGAUAAUGAGAGACCUUCAAAAAGUGACACAAGUACGAACGAUAGAGGGGAAGUCAGCUCUGCCUGUAACACCCUGGAUGACUCGUUUAAAAAGUACUACAAGGAGAAGCUGAAGGAUGCCCAGUCUAAAGUCUUAAAGGAGACGUCAUUCAAAAGGAAGGACUUGCAGCUGUCAUGGCCACACCGUAUCAGGCAAAAACCUGAGAUGAGGCCUACAGUGAUUCACUCUUUCUCCUCGUCACAGGACUCUGAGACCUCCACAGAGACACUCACGCCUUCUGUGACCUCUGAGGAGACAGAGAAGGGGAGCAUUAAAGAAGAAGUUAGGGAGAGUCACAGGGAGAAGGACAAAGAGACUGAAAAGGAAAACGGGAGACCUGAAAAGGUGGCGCAGCCCCAGGUGGCACGCAUCGGAGGCAGGAGACGGUUGACUCCAGAGCAGAAGAAGAUGUGCUACUCGGAACCAGAGAAACUUCACCAGCUCGGUGGCGGCCCCGUCCACUCUGCUUGCCGAUCGUUUGGCAAUGAAAAUGACAGCCUGUUUGUUGUUGAAUGCGAAGGAGAGGAACAUGUGCAGAAAGGAGAGCAGGGACUGGUGGCAGCACGAAGGAAGAUUUUCGAGACAAGAGGCCGAGCCCUUUCAGCCUCCAGUGCUUCAAAGACAAACUUAAAACAUCUGCAACACAAGGCUCUGGUGGAGUACAUGGAGCGUAAGACUGGCCAGAAGGUGGCUGAGCCACAGCAGCCAGCGCCUCAGUUACCUCCUCCAUCCAGACAGAGGCAUUCUCUGGGAGAGAAACCCUUCGACUGGGGUCCCAGACCUUCAUCAGCAAAUCAUGAAGGAAAAACCACCAAGAAGAAACUCAACAGGCCGCACUCUGCAGGCCGCAUCCUUGAUUCCUCCACCAGCUCCAUCAGGUAUGCCCAGUUCUUCUCAGCUCAGUCUUGUUCAGGACAAUAUGCUGGCCAGUCCGAUCAGCUCAAGUGGAGGGAGAGCAGAGGUCCAUCUCAGGGGAAGUCCGCCUCAGUCGAGAGUCUCCUGGACCAGCCAGAACCACCCACUUUCUUCAGGAACAGAUCCACAUCCACACCACAUGCACUUGAAGAUCUGGAGGCACACGACAGUGAAAAGGAUCCUGUACCAGUUCAUUCUAUGGAAACCUCGAGACCCCAGAAGAAUCAACCUGACGAGGCCUUGAUAAAGCCGGCGCCUGAGGGCCAGCAGCGGGUCCGUGUGGUCGCACAGAGGGGGAAGUCCAUGGAAGAGCUCGGGGCAUCAAAGUUAACAAGACCGUCGGCCCUCAGUAAAAGUUCUGAGCAGCUGGAUCAACUGGGCAGGUUUUCCACUGGACCAGGAGGACAAGGGAGAGACAAGAGGAGUGUUUCAUUCUUUGCCGAAGUCCGGUCAGCCCAGGGGCAGGAGAGAGGGCGGAACAAACAACCUGUAACAGAGCAAGUGGGACCAGAACCAGGGGUUGUUGGUCAGAAGAACACUCAGGGACAGACACAAAACCAAACCCAGAAGAAGUUGUUGAAGCAGAACUCAGAACCAGGGCAAGAUGCCUCAGUGGGAACGAGGAACUCAAGUAGAUCCACCUCCCCAGCCUCCUCCUCCUCUUCCCGGGUCAGGGUUCACUCUGGACCUCCUGGGUCUGCCACAGUUGAGUUCAGAUCCAGCAGACCGCCCAGUGAGACCACAUCUCACCCACCUUCCCCCAGAAGUCUAGAGCCCAGCGAGAGGGAGAUCAGUUUCACCUCAUCCACCCCCACCCAGACAAAGCUUCCAUGUGAGAACAGGCCCAGCUCCAGUAGAGCUCGGACUUCUGUGUCUGGACCGGAGACGGAGCAGUCUGUGGAUGAACCCAGCGGUGACGCCUCUCCGCCUGAUUCAAAUCAGGAAGUGUCUCUGAGCUGCGGCGUCACCACAGAUCCGUCACUGUGGAUCCUCCCUCCAGAAGAAGAGAUCAGAGAGGAGCUCCAGACCUCGCUGCUGACAGACAGUGUUUUUGAUGAUGAGUCCAGCAGCCCGGCCCCUCCGGCGCCGACAAGUGAAACCUCUGUGUCUCCCUGCACCUCGGUGUCGGACGCAGACAUCAGUCUGCAGCUGGAGGAGGAGAUCACUCCAGAAACGGAAGAUGAGAAGUUGGGAGACAACCAGGAGAUGGAAGAGAGGGGGACACCAGAGGGAGAGAUGGAGAGCCUGGAGAAGCCCGCGGAGAGACCUCAGUGGGAGGAGCUCGUAGAAGCAGUGGUCACGGCCGACCAGUCACUGGCUCGAGUGCUCUACCCACUGGCCAAUCGCAAGACGGCGCUAAUGUUGAUGGAGCAGCUGCUGUCAGAAGACACGCUGCUGAUGGAGGAGCACUACAAGAAGAAGCAGGAGCAGAAAGGAGCAGCAGAAACUGCUGAACCGUCUCCUCGUCCCUCUGCUGCUGAAAGCCUCAAACCUCAGAGCACAGACCUGCAGAGCCAAGCUGAUGUCACUGAGAAGAAGCGUCUGCUGGUGUCUUAUAUCGAGGCGCGUCUGCACUCGCUGGAAGAAAUGCGCAGUCCGCUCCAGACAGAGAUUCAGGAGAACGUGGCUCACGGGGAGGCGCUGGAGAUGCUGGUCCGUGAGCGCUGUCAGCCCGUAGAGCUGGAGAGGUACAACCUGUUCAUCGGAGACCUGGAGAGGGUGGUGAGCCUGCUGCUGUGCCUGUCUGCUCGGCUGGCGAGGGUUCAGAACGCCCUGAGCACCGUGGACCAGCACACAGAUGCUGAGGAGAAGCAAUCUCUGGACAGUCGCCAUCGUCUGCUGUGCAAACAGAGGGAGGACGCCAAAGAUCUGAAGGAUAACCUGGACCGGAGAGAGAACCUCGUCUCCACCUUCCUGUCGCGCCAGCUGUCCGCCGAGCAGCUGCAGGACUACCGGCGCUUCGUGCAGACGAAGGCCUCGCUGCUCAUCCGGCAGAAGGACCUGGAGGAGAAGCAGAGGCUGGGAGAGGAGCAGCUGGAGGCGCUCAACAACAGCCUCCACCUGUGAGGCCACGAGAGCACUCAUCCGUUCCUACCUUGAAGGAAGUUCUGGUUGUACUGUUCUGGCUCUUGGACACAAGUGGUCCAGCUGGUACCUCCAACCCUGCGCACCCUGUCAUGACUUUGUCCUCUGAGGACGGCUUGUGAGGAUCUGCUCUGGUCUCAUCACUACAGACUGCACAUGAGACGAGCUGUAACGACUCCUCGCCUUCCUGUUGUCCACCGAGGGAGCUCAGAACGCUCCUCCACCCGAUCUCCGCCCGUCGUCCGUCUGCAUGUGUAGACUGUUGCACAUGUGACUGCGGGACUGUUUUUCUGCGUGCCUUCAUGUUGGUGUUGCUGUGGAACGUUUUCCGUGAGGAGCUGCUGGGUGGAAGCGUCGCGUCCCCUGUUAGAAUUUCCUGCACUUGUAGUGCUCCAGCCCUGUUUCUGCACCUGUGUGAACCUGUUAUAAGCUUUAAGAUUGUAUUUGUGAGCAGUGAGAGGGCGUCAGUGGAGGAGAGCAGCCUGAGAGGGGGCGCUGUACUGUACCAUGUCAGCUGAAAUGUACUAUAGAUGUAGUAGAUUUAAUCUUUUUUUUAAAAUAUGUUCUUAUUUUUAAAUGUUUCAAAUUAAGGCACUAAAAACCAAAAAGGGUGAAUGGAAAAAAAAAAGCACUUUGUAAUGAAACAUAAAUGCACAUUUCCUCUGAUCAGAUUCAAAAUAAGCCUUACUCCAUCCGUCUGUCUUCUGCUCUGUCAUGAAUAUUUAAAAAUGAUGUUUUGAAGGUACAUGAGCACACCCAGGAACAUGAAGGAUUGUGUACUAAUACUUUUCCAGCUAAUUUCAUACUUAAUGUCAUUAAGUCUCAAUGAUUUCAUGCUGGAACGGUUCCUCAUACAGGAGUGCUAAACCUCUUUAAAGCAGAUUAUAAGUAAGCAAUUAUAUCACUGAGUAUUUUCUCCCAAUGUCCCUUUGUUGCAGAAGUGACACGUGAUACUUGAAAUACUUUUUGUUUUGUCAGGAGGAAAGUCCACACAUUUUCACUUCAGGUGUCUUAAACUCAUUUUCUCUUCUCUACCUCCACAGAGUCGUCACUUCUCGACACGCGUAGCCUUCAAGUUUAUUUAAAUUGACUCAGCUUUUAGUUGAAGGUCGUCCUGAAUGAAAACACGCUGUUGAAUCAAAUAACUUUCCCUGCUCAUCUUUAAAGAAUCUCACAGUUUAUAACCUGCAUUUGUCCGUAGUUUCAUAGUUAUAUUAACUUGUUUUUUACAGAAUCUUAAACCGACCCAUCAGAGUUGUUUAAAGAGAUGUGAGCUCCACAUCAGAUUAUGUGUGUGUGUGUGUGUGUGUGUGUGCAUGCACUCAAAAUCAUGAAUGUCUUAAUGAUGUGUGUGUAGAGAUUAGUUGUUGAACAGAGAGACACAACUCCUCUCGGUGUUUGCUGUGUGUGUUUUCAACAAAACUCCUGUGAAGUCAUGAAGUGAUCAAAACGUUGUCGUCGCUCAGGAAAUUCUACCUGUCGGCUGUUCUGAAACAAAUAAUCCAGAGUCUGGGUUGACUUUUGUGUAAAUGAUAUUUAUGUAAUAAUGACCACAAAGAGGCAGAUCGUCAUUGACAACCUCCACGCUCACUACAAACAUCAUUCACUAACUCACAAUGUUAAUAAAAACCUGUUUCUCGGUGAACAGUCCUCAGAUAUUCCUCCGGAGGUUUCCGACUCCGCCCGGCUUCACUUUGCUAAACAAGCCUAUGUUUGUCUUGGCCUUUGUGCUGACGCAGAGCUGAGGGGUUAGAAAUACUCUCAUGUUGUUCCCUGCAGCCUGCUGGAAUUCCUAAAGUAUGCAAAAGACCAACAUCUUGGAGAAAGAGAAGCCUGGAGGGGAGGAGGAGGUGUGAAACAGGAGCACAUGGAUAAAUACUCAUUCUAGUUCUCGCUCUGUUUGCAUACUAACAAACUCCCGAGUCAUUUCUUGUUUCGAGCUGCAUUCUGUCGAGGUUGCCGGCUGUUUUUUGAAGCAGGAUUACAUUUAUUUAGUUUGGGAUUUGGUUUCACACACUGGAGCUGUGUGACAUUGAUACACAACAGAAUCUGUUUUAAAUCCAAGAAGGAAAGACGUAUUUGAUGGACUCCCAGCUGGUGGUCCACCUCUCUGCAUGUGUCACACCUGUUCUCCAUUGAGAGUUUGAGUUGUUUCUUUGUGCCUGUCUGGAGUUGUAAAUUCCACGAUGUUUGUUUAAUAUUGUGAAUAAAUUAAGCUCUCCCUCUCC